AUGUGUACCGUGUACCGACGUUUUGUGCACCACUUCGCCAAGAUUGCGGCGCCAUUAACGUCCAUGCUCAAGAAGGGGGAGCCCGAUCGCCUCCCCGAACUGGACGAAGACAGCAGGUCCUCCUUCGAAGCUCUGAAGACUUGCCUGAUUUCCCCGCCGAUCUUGCAACUACCGCGACUGGGAAUACCGUAUUCCCUCGACACGGAUGCAUCCGACGCCCAACUCGGUUGCACGUUAUUGCAGCAACACGAGGAUGGUAACAGAUACCCUGUCGGGUUCUGGUCGCGAACGCUCUCGUCGGCGGAAAGGAAUUACUCCACGACGGAGAAAGAAUGUUUGGCCAUUGUAUGGGCAAUUCAGACGCUGCGUCCAUACUUGGAACGAGAGCGAUUCACGGUUAAUACCGACCAUCAUUCCCUCCGUUGGUUAAUGAAUCUCGCCGACGCAAGCGGGCGUCUAGCACGGUGGCGCUUGCGCCUAGCCGAGUUUGACUUCGACAUCACGUACGUGAAGGGCAUCAAGAAUUGUCUCGCCGACGCCCUCAGUCGAAUACCGUCUAGAGGGGGCACAACCAUGGUACUCGCUCAACGCUCCGAGCCAUUCUGUAAGGAGAUCGCUUCCCAUCUUAAGAAGGGGGAGGGUGUGGCCCAAACUCGCCUUUCCAAGUUCUUCAUGAACAAGGAACGGGUACUUUGUCGGAAAGCGCACCUUGACGGUGUUGAGCAAAUCUUCGUACCAACCACUCUGCGCGAGCGAGUGUUGUAUAUGGCGCAUUACCCCGCCGCCUCGGGACAUCCCGGAGGCAGGCGGCUGUUCUACACAUUUAGACAACGGUAUUGCUGGCCGAGUAUGUCCGUCGACGCAUACGCCACAGUCAGAAGGUGCUCCGACUGUGCGAAAGCUCGCAUUAAACUGCGUAAGCACAACGCGAAGUUGAAAUCGUUCCCUCCGAUUGGACCCUUGGAGUGUAUCGCCAUUGACAUCCUAGGCGAAAUCCCCAGAACGCCAAGAGGCAAUCGAUACCUCUUGGUCAUAUCUGAUUGUUACUCAAAGCUGACCCGAACGGUGCCGCUUAAGAGAAUUACCCCGAGACAGUUGCUCAGGCGUUCGUCACACACUGGGUCUUCGUAUACGGAGCCCCAGUGA